GCCCCCUCAUCUCAUCCAGCUGAGUACACAGCUCCUCACUUCCCCUCCCCCUGCUCUGUAUUCUAAGGACGCAGGUCUGCACAGGAGAAGGACCUCACAGAGAAGACCGCGCAUAGUCACCAUGAACCUGCUACUACGAAUCAUUGCUAUAGGUCUCUGUUGGAUACCUGUUCAGAUGUGUAACAACCAUGAAGAAGCUGCAGCUUAUCUACCAGGAGAUAUCUUGAUCGGGGGACUUUUUCCUAUUCAUAAAGGGGUAUCAAAUUUAUUAGAGAAAACAGAAAAUAAUAGUUUCCUGUGUAACAGUUUACAGGUAAGAAGCAUGGUGGAAACUCUUUCCAUGAUCUAUGCCAUUGAAAAGGUUAAUAAUUCCACCCUGCUAGAAGGAAUUAAAUUGGGCUAUGAGCUUUAUGACACAUGUUCUGUUACUUUGAAAGCCGUUCAAGCAACACUAAACUUUAUUCCAGAAUUUACAACAAUGCAAAAUUCUACUGACUGCAGCAAUGGAAAAUAUAUAGGACCCAUCAAAGCAGUCGUGGGAGAAACUUAUUCAGAAAUUUCCAUUGCUGUUUCCCGGAUUCUAGGCCUUUAUCUUAUACCACAGAUUAGCCCAGCAUCAUCUGCUGCAGCCUUAAGUGACAAAAUAAGGUUCCCUUCAUUUUUACGAACCAUCCCAAGUGAUACACAUCAAACAAAAGCCAUCGUUGAGCUGAUAAAAACAUUUAAAUGGAACUGGGUUGGAAUAAUUUCAAGUGAUGACGAAUAUGGAAAGUCAGCUCAGGAUAUUCUGAAUAGUCUUUUCAAACUAGAAGGAAUAUGCACAGCUUUUUCUAAAACAGUGCCAUCCUAUGUGGAUCAUCCACUUCUGCAAGCCUCCUUAGACAGUGCAGUAAGUGACAUAAGUGCUAGUUCAACUAACGUUCUGGUUGUCAUUGCGAAAGGCCCUAUUGUUGCCAAACUUAUUAAAGACUGUAUUAAACAGAAUAUUUCCAAAGUCUGGAUUGCCACUGACAGCUGGUCAAUUUCAAAUGAAGUUAUAAGUAUUAAAAACGUUGAACUGGCUGGUACAUUUCUUGGACUCACUUUCAAAAUGGGCUAUAUUAUGGGAUUUGAAGAUUAUCUAAGCAAUUUGAAAAUUCCAGGUCCAGAACAUGUUAAUCAUUUUCUUGAAGAAUAUAAAGAAUUAAGAUUUGACUGUACUGAAGAAUACAGGGAAUAUCUGGAAUGUGUAAAUUCAUCCUCUAAAAACUGUAUUUUUAACAGUCCUUUAGAACUCAAGUCCCCACUUGCAUGUCAAACGGGGAAUCUCUCUUUUGUAAAUGAUAACUUCUUGGUGGAAAAUAUUGAGUGGAGUGAAACAUAUAGUACUCAUUUGGCUGUUAUAGCCAUAGCUAACGCUCUAAAUAAGCUUUUAUGCACAAAUGGAGUUUGCGAAAAAAGGUUGGACUUCUCACCAAGUCAGCUACUUGAAAAACUAAAGAAUGGGACAUUUUCCUUCAAUGGUGAAACUUACCAAUUCGAUUCUUCUGGAGAUCUAUUAACUGGAUAUGAUGUCAUUACUUGGCAUUUCACAAAGACAACAAGCACAGUUCAGAUUGUUGGCAAAUAUGACAUAUCAGAAGGCAAGAUCAGCAUCAACAGAAGCUUUCUUCAGUGGAACACAAAUGAAAACCAGGUUCCAUUUUCAAACUGCUCCAGAUCUUGCAAUCCUGGAUAUUUUAAAAAAUACUCUUACAUAAGCUGCUGCUAUGAAUGUGUCCCUUGUGCUAAGGAUGAUUACUCACCUAUAGCAGAUAUGACUGAAUGCCUAAAGUGUUCAUCCUGGCAAUGGUCAACUAAUGGAAGUGAUCGAUGUACCAACAGGACAAUAAAAUAUUUUGAUUGGAAAGACCCAUAUGCCAUUACGUUGAUGGCCUUCUCAGCCUUUGGGGUUGCUCUUGUGAUAAUGACAAUAGUUUUGUUUGCUAAACACUUUAAUACUCCAGCAGUUAAAGCAGCAGGGGGCUACUACACAUUCUUACUGAAUAUAUCAUUGCUCGUAAACUUGGUGAGCAUAGUAUUUUUUAUUGGAGAACCAAACAACACCAUCUGUAAAAUACGACAACCUUUCUAUGGUAUCAGCUUCACCUUUUCUGUAUCUUGCAUUAUGAUAAAAUCAAUCCGAAUUCUGCUAACAUUUGAAUCAGCCAAAAGACGCAAAGUAAUAGUUAAAUUCAAGUACCUGCCAAUAGUUAUUAUAAUGGCAUUGACUGGAGUUCAAGUGCUUAUUUGUACCUUAUGGCUUUCAAUGGAUGGACCUUACCGUCAAGACAUUACAAUGAAUGACCUCAUAAUAGUAAAGUGUGAUGAGGGAUCUUAUCAGGCAUUUGGCAUCAUGCUUGGCUACAUUGGUUUACUAGCAUUGAUCUGUUUCCUUCUAGCUUACAAAGGGAGAAAACUGCCUGAGAAAUACAAUGAGGCUCGAUGUAUCACGUUUAGCAUGUUGGUCUAUAUGUUUGUGUGGAUUCUCUUUAUCCCAGUUUAUAUAAACACCACAAGUGGCAUGUAUGAUUCAGCAGUACAAGCUGUUGCCAUAUUAGCCUCAAUAUAUGGAGUUAUAUCAUGUCAUCUUUUACAAGGUUGCUAUAUCUUAAUAUUUAAAAGAGAAACUUGUACACGAGAAAAAUACCUGCAGAGUAUCUUUUCAUUUUAUAGAGCUAAGAGAAAGGUUCAGUCAUUUUGUAAAAGCCAGUUCAAUCUGGAAAUUCCCACUGCUGCUCAAAAGCAAGACAUUGUAACUACUCAGGUAGCGCAGGAAGAUUUGGGUUCUAAAAAUGGACUAAGAAAACGGCACAAUAGCUGUUAAUUGAAUAAACAGAUUUUCUUGUUUGGAUGGAGGGGAUUUACAAAUCAUAUUGAUUAUUCCAGUAGUUG